GAAAAGAAAAGGGAUAGCUAAAGCACUUUCCUUUGUCCCAUACUACCAUGUUUCCUCAAUAGUCUCUUCUCUUUGAUUUAUUUUUCCAUCUCACUAUAUCAUACAUCACAUUUCAUCAAAAAAAAAUUCUCCAACCAAAAAUUUUUCUUAAGAAAAAAUUAAUGAUGUCUAAAGACCACGGCGGAGGCGAGGAGGGAUCGUCGUCGGCCGCCCACCCGCCGCCUCCGCCGCAGCUGAGCCGGUACGAGUCCCAGAAGCGGCGCGACUGGAACACGUUCGGCCAGUACCUGCGGAACCAACGCCCACCUGUGGCGCUGGCGCAGUGCAAUUACGGGCACGUGUUGGAAUUCAUGCGCUACCUCGACCAAUUCGGGAAGACGAAGGUCCACAUGCAGGGAUGCAUGUUCUUCGGGCAUCCAGAGCCCGCGGGCCCCUGCACUUGCCCCCUCAGGCAGGCCUGGGGCAGUCUGGAUGCCCUUGUGGGCCGCCUCAGGGCGGCCUACGAGGAAAAUGGAGGGGUACAAGAGACCAAUCCAUUCGCCAAUGGGGCGAUACGAGUCUACCUGAGGGAGGUUAGGGAUUCCCAGGCCAAGGCGCGGGGAAUCCCGUAUAGGAAGAAGAAAAAGAAGAAGAUGAAGAAAUUGAGUGGAACGGUCAACUCUACCUUUCCCUCUAUGCAGCAUUCUGCGGUCUGAGCAAUCUUGAAAGUGAAAGGAGAGCAUAUACGCCUAAAAUGACCAGUUUCAGAAUUCAGGGUUAAUUGCAGUUUUAAGCUUUUAUAGCUUAAUUGAACAAGCAAACCGCAGUUCAACUCUUUUAAAUACUUCUAUUUCUUUGCUAUAUAACCAAAAGAAUUUUGGUGGGAUAUAAUAUAUAUACACUUGUAUUUUUCUAGAUCAUGCAUUUGUCAAAUAUUAGUAAUUAACAGCAUUACAUUUAUCAGUUUUCUUGAUGCA